AGACAACAUUAUGGAUACACGUGCUAUCUGACGGGUGCAAACAAAGUUCAUGCGAUCGGACUCCUUAAAUAUCAGACAGUUUGAAUCAACAAAUUUUCUUUCGUGUUUAAGAUCGACCAGGAGGGCUUCUGUGUCAGUGGAUAGUUGCCUGUGCUUCUGUGUGCCGUGAGAGGGUGAUGCAAAAACACGGCAUUUGAGAAUCAUUCGUUCAAUGUCAGCAAACCCAUGAAGGGUGCAAUUACCGGAACAUUUGCCUGCAGACUGAGUCGGUAUCUGUUUUUUAUUUAGUGCAGGUGGCUAGAAAUUAGACUUACUCGGCCGAUGUUGCAUGGAGAAAGCUGUGGAAAUCGCUGGAGAAAACGGGUCUUGUUCUUACGAAAUCCCACAGAGCGACCGAUGCUUAUUGAUAUGCCGAACAUUCUGUUGGGUUAAUGAACGACCAAACAUUUCUCUGUGUUUAUGAUGAGAGAGGUUGAGACUACAAUGGGAAGUCGACACAAUUCAGGCCCAUUGACAGCCCCUGUCCAGGGGAGGAGGAUGGCGAAGAGGAGACACCGUUUGAAAGGAUCUUACUUUGAACAAUACAACACGAGCAUCAUAGCUGCCUUCAAGUCUGUGCCAUCAUUUCGCUCCGAUCAGUUCAAGGUUCAUCGACCGAUGAUGGGGCAGUGCUGCAGUUGUCUCCCUUCCAGCAAGAAAGAUCUGAUUAGUGAGAGAAUAUGUGAAGAGGGAAUCAGGGACAUAUUUGAUGUGAGGACCGAGUUGGGGUCGUGUGGAUACUUUGCCAGAACUAUGCCAUACCUAGCCUAUGCAUUGAGACGAGUGAGUCAGGGAACGUUUCCUGAUGUGUCCAUAGCGGUACUUAACAACAAGAGGGUGAUGGAAGCUGUGCAGCUGACCCUUCAAGAGGCACAGGCGGGAACAUGCCGAUUCCCCCAGCAGCAAGAAGAGGCCUCCCCCCACCCUGUCCCGAUACCAGCAGUCAGCCAAGAAGAUCCUCAGCAAGAUGAAGGCUUCCAUAUCAGCUCAUUUGAUCAGGUAGGUCAGCUCACUUGGUCAGGUAACAGUCUGCUCAUUCGGUUUACUGGAUGGUUCCUGUUGAAGUUCCUCAGCCAGUUCCUGAGGACAAUCCAGGUCCACAAGGGGCAGCUGGAGAUGGUGCAUAAGGUGGCCCAGGCAGGGGAGCGUUCAUCUGACAGGAGAUGGUGGGGUGCCCAGUAUAUGCAAGAGCUUCUAAAGAAAGGAGAAGCCUUUGAGUUCUUCAUAGAAGGAGGAAGAACACGCUCAGGGAAGGCCUUGACGCCCAAAGGAGGCUUGCUGUCCAUUGUUGUCGACUCAUGUAUUGAAGGUGUUAUCCCUGAUGCCUAUGUAGUGCCAAUUAGCAUCAGCUACGAGAGGCUGUUAGAUGGUAACUUCCACAGAGAACAGAUGGGUCUUCCUAAGGUGAGCGAGUCCUUCCUUGGAGCCUGGAAGGGCAUCUGGCGUGUUCUCUGUCAGAACUUUGGAAGCGUCAGGAUUGAUUUUGCUCAGCCCUUUUCAGUAAAGGAAUACAUCCAGUGCAACCCUGCCCAGCUGAACCGGCCCCUGUCCCCCAUGGCGUCGUCGUCCGGUGAAAACUCCCCCGAGUCCUCCUGCCCCAGCCUCAAUGGCAUGACCUCCAGCUCUUCCCGAGCCAGUCUGCAGUUUGACGGCCUGGACAACAGCAGGUGCCUGGUCAAAGGCAUGGGACUCCACAUAGUACACACUGCUGUUCACUCGACAGCUGUCACCUGUACCAAUAUGGUGGCAUUCCUCUUCCUCUUCAAGUUUCGACAGGGAGUCACGAUGCCCCGCCUUGUGUACAGCUUCAACUGGCUGAAGCAAGAGCUGAAGAUGCGUAACCGUGAUGUGGCUUUCUGUGGAGAGUCUGAUGCCGUUGUGGAGUAUGCAGAGGCACUGCUCGGUGCCGACCUCAUCACUCGGAAUGCUCAUUCCGUGCCUGACCUGCCUAACGUGUUCGAACUGACCUACUACGGCAACAAUGUGAUAUCACCAUUCCUCCUGGAGAGUGUAAUAGCUAAUGCCUUGAUGUAUGUUGGUAAAUUUUCACUAACUAACACCCCUCCGGUGGAGAAUGGACCAGUCCGAGUAAGCCGAGAAAGAGUGAUCGGUGUUGCUGAGGAACUGUGCAAACUGCUUCAGGAAGAGUUUAUUUUUGUCCCACCAUGUGGGAGACUGAAUGAGGCCUUAUCUGAUAUGAUAGAACAGUUCAUCUCACUGGAGAUUCUAGCAGAGGAGCAAACAGAGUAUGACAAUCUGUACACUACAUUUGAUCGUCAGUGGGCCAACCGCCUUUCAGCACAGCUGUCCUGGGCCGACGAGGAAGAUGACGAUUCUGAUGAUACAUUUGUGGAGGAAAAGCCCCUCAAACUGAACAUUGAGCAGCAGAGUGUGUGUGAGAAGCUGCAGUUCUAUCACCGGAUCCUGGCCCCCAUCCUCGAGACUUACCUGGUCACGGCCUACAGGAUCUCAGGAUAUCUUGAGACAGAGAUGCCAGAGGAUGACUUCAUGCGGCAGCUGCUGGCACAUGCUCAAGAACGUGUCACUAAGAACUCCUCCUUGUAUGCUGAGAGUGCCUCAAUGGACACUCUGAAGAAUGCAGUGAAGGCUUACCAGAACAUCAGAGUUGUGGAGUGUUACAAUGCCAGCAACUUGAGGAUUAUCGGACUCUGUGACCAUUACCAGGUCAGAGAGAGGCUUGGACAUUAUAUUGAACUUCUGGAGACACUCAAUCUCCCUUGGACCAAGGACAGUCGAACAGAGUAAUCUCCCUUUGUUGAACCUCGUGAAGAGAUUCCUGUUCAUUUGUCACUGGAAGCGAUGCCUUGUAAUCAGGUACCUGAUAUGGCCGAGAAUCUGUGAUAGACAUGUAGAUUUCAGCUGCUUCCCUUGCACAAACGUGUGUCAUGUUGUUGAGUAUGUCGGACAUGUACACCUUUCUUGUCGCCGUGCUGUGUGACUUGGUGUCACACUAACUGCCUCCGUGCAUCACAUGUGCAUAAUAACACCUGCUGUAGUGUCAAAAUGAACUAUAUUUUGUGGCUUGUUUGUUUGUCAUUCAACAUAUUGUAUUUGUUUGUCUGCUGCUAUGUGCAGUAAUUUGUUGAAGGAUAUUGUACACUGUCCUGUUAUGACCAUAGAAGAUGGGGGCCAGGACAGUGUCCAGGUAACCAACCUACUCUUACCUGGCCAUACCCAGGUACCUGACCCCCUAUUACCUGACCCUACACAGGUAACCCAUCCCCUGUUGACCAUCCUACCCAGGUACCUGACCCCCCUAUUACCUGACUCUAUACAGGUACCACCACCACCCCACCCCCAUUGACCAGCCCUACCCAGGUACCUGACCCCCCUAUUACCUGACUCUAUACAGGUACCCCCACCCCCAUUGACCCAGCUCCUACCCAGGUACCUGACCCCCUAUCACCUGACUCUAUACAGGUACCACCACCAAC